CUCCCGCGCCCCGGCCCCGCCGCCCGCGCCGGGGUGGUAGUCCGCAGAGAAAGGCGCCGCAGUCUCCGGGCCUCGCGGCCCCACUCGAGCGUCCUCAGCACCUAGGGCUCGCGGGUCUUGAGGGGAGGAGGCGAGCCCGGGGCCGGGCACUGAGCUCUUGGGCGCCCCCACCCCGGUUUUCGGAGCCCUCCACGCUGCGGCCGCUGUCCCCCUCCGGACCAUGGCCGACGACGACGUGCUGUUCGAGGAUGUGUACGAGCUGUGCGAGGUGAUCGGCAAGGGUCCCUUCAGUGUUGUACGACGAUGUAUCAACAGAGAAACUGGGCAACAGUUUGCUGUAAAAAUCGUUGAUGUAGCCAAGUUCACAUCAAGUCCAGGGUUAAGUACAGAAGAUCUAAAGCGGGAAGCCAGUAUCUGUCAUAUGCUGAAACAUCCACACAUUGUAGAGUUAUUGGAGACAUAUAGCUCAGAUGGAAUGCUUUACAUGGUUUUUGAAUUUAUGGAUGGAGCAGAUCUGUGUUUUGAAAUCGUAAAGCGAGCUGACGCUGGUUUUGUAUACAGUGAAGCUGUAGCCAGCCAUUACAUGAGACAGAUACUGGAAGCUCUACGCUACUGCCAUGAUAAUAACAUAAUUCACAGGGAUGUGAAGCCCCACUGUGUUCUCCUCGCCUCAAAAGAAAAUUCAGCACCUGUUAAACUUGGGGGCUUUGGGGUAGCUAUUCAAUUAGGGGAAUCUGGACUUGUAGCUGGAGGACGCGUUGGAACACCUCAUUUUAUGGCCCCAGAAGUGGUCAAAAGAGAGCCUUAUGGAAAGCCUGUAGAUGUCUGGGGGUGUGGCGUGAUCCUUUUUAUCCUGCUCAGUGGUUGUUUGCCUUUUUAUGGAACCAAGGAAAGAUUGUUUGAAGGCAUUAUUAAAGGAAAGUACAAGAUGAAUCCAAGGCAGUGGAGCCAUAUCUCUGAAAGUGCCAAAGACCUAGUACGUCGCAUGCUGAUGCUGGAUCCUGCUGAAAGGAUCACUGUUUAUGAAGCACUGAAUCACCCAUGGCUUAAGGAGCGAGAUCGUUAUGCCUACAAGAUUCAUCUUCCAGAAACAGUAGAGCAACUGAGGAAAUUCAAUGCCAGGAGAAAACUAAAGGGUGCAGUACUAGCCGCUGUGUCAAGUCACAAAUUCAACUCAUUCUACGGGGAUCCCCCUGAAGAGUUGCCAGAUUUCUCCGAAGACCCUACCUCCUCAGGAGCAGUCUCACAGGUGCUAGACAGCCUGGAAGAGAUUCACGCACUUACAGACUGCAGUGAAAAAGAUCUAGAUUUUCUCCACAGUGUUUUCCAAGAUCAGCAUCUUCACACACUACUAGAUCUGUAUGACAAAAUUAACACAAAGUCUUCACCACAAAUCAGGAAUCCUCCAAGUGAUGCAGUACAGAGAGCCAAAGAGGUAUUGGAAGAAAUUUCAUGUUACCCUGAGAAUAAUGACGCGAAGGAACUAAAGCGUAUUUUAACACAACCUCAUUUCAUGGCCUUACUUCAGACUCACGACGUAGUGGCACAUGAAGUUUACAGUGAUGAAGCAUUGAGGGUUACACCACCUCCCACCUCCCCCUAUUUAAACGGCGAUUCUCCAGAAAGCGCUAACGGAGACAUGGAUAUGGAGAAUGUGACCAGAGUUCGUCUGGUACAGUUCCAAAAGAACACAGACGAACCAAUGGGAAUCACUUUAAAAAUGAAUGAACUAAAUCAUUGUAUUGUUGCAAGAAUUAUGCAUGGGGGCAUGAUUCACAGGCAAGGUACACUUCAUGUUGGUGAUGAAAUCCGAGAAAUCAAUGGCAUUAGUGUGGCUAACCAAACAGUGGAACAGCUGCAAAAAAUGCUUAGGGAAAUGCGGGGGAGUAUUACCUUCAAGAUCGUGCCAAGUUACCGCACUCAGUCUUCGUCCUGUGAGGACUUGCCAUCAACUACCCAACCAAAAGGACGACAGAUCUAUGUAAGAGCACAAUUUGAAUAUGAUCCAGCCAAGGAUGACCUCAUACCCUGCAAAGAAGCUGGCAUUCGUUUCAGAGUCGGUGACAUCAUCCAGAUUAUUAGUAAGGAUGAUCACAAUUGGUGGCAGGGUAAACUGGAAAACUCCAAAAAUGGAACUGCAGGUCUCAUUCCUUCUCCUGAGCUUCAGGAAUGGCGAGUAGCUUGCAUUGCCAUGGAGAAGACCAAACAGGAGCAGCAGGCCAGCUGUACUUGGUUUGGCAAGAAAAAGAAGCAGUACAAAGAUAAAUAUUUGGCAAAGCACAAUGCAGUGUUUGAUCAAUUAGAUCUUGUCACAUAUGAAGAAGUAGUAAAACUGCCAGCAUUCAAAAGGAAAACACUAGUCUUAUUAGGUGCACAUGGUGUUGGGAGAAGACACAUUAAAAACACCCUCAUCACAAAGCACCCGGACCGGUUUGCGUACCCUAUUCCACAUACAACCAGACCUCCAAAGAAAGAUGAAGAAAAUGGAAAGAAUUAUUACUUUGUAUCUCAUGACCAAAUGAUGCAAGACAUCUCUAAUAAUGAGUACUUGGAGUAUGGCAGCCACGAGGAUGCGAUGUACGGGACAAAGCUGGAGACCAUCCGGAAGAUCCACGAGCAGGGGCUGAUUGCAAUACUGGACGUGGAGCCUCAGGCACUGAAGGUCCUGAGAACUGCAGAGUUUGCCCCCUUUGUUGUUUUUAUUGCCGCACCAACUAUUACUCCGGGUUUAAAUGAGGAUGAAUCUCUUCAGCGUCUGCAGAAGGAGUCUGAUAUCUUACAGAGAACAUAUGCACACUACUUCGAUCUCACAAUUAUCAACAAUGAAAUUGAUGAGACAAUCAGACAUCUGGAGGAAGCCGUCGAGCUCGUGUGCACAGCCCCGCAGUGGGUCCCGGUCUCCUGGGUCUAUUAGGCCCCUCCCCAGAUAUCUGAGCAUAACUGGGAGCCACCUCAUACGUGGAAAAGCCUCUUUGUUAUCGGCCUUGUAUCAGCAGGUCGUGGUCCCUAGAGACUACCUAGUUGUAGUGUGACCUACAUUUAUAAUUAUUGUCAUGUCCGAAUAGAUAGGAGGAGAAAAACAAUUACACACUAAUUUAAAGAGACAGUAUCUUUUUUAAUCAGUUCUCCUAAACUUUAAUAAAAUGUAUCUUUAAAUGUAUGUAUUAUUCAAUCCUUUGGAAUGUUAUAUUUUUGGAAAUCAUAGCUUUUUAUUUCCAAGGCCCCUAAAAACUGCACAAAAUAGAUGCUGCUUUCUAUAAUCUAUUUUAAUAAUAAUAAACAAUGAUUCUGUUACCUUGACUGGGGGUGGAACACUACAUUC